ACUUCCAUUCACCUGACUUUGAUUUGGUACUAUGGUUCCGAUCUUACAGUGUUAAAAAAAUAAAAAGCGUUAAUUACUAAUAGUUUAUCUAAGUUGCUAUAUCUUUGGCGUAACUGUUAGCCAUGUUUUAGCAUAUAGCUUAGAACCUCUAACAGUAACUGCUUGUUAAGCCAGCUAGCUGCUCCACUGAAGAAAAUAUCUCACCCCACCGACGUUCAGUAGUUAACAAUAAUGGACAAGGUUAUUAAAGAUGUGGGUGACAUCCAGUCUCGACUGUUGGACCACAGACCUGUCAUCAAUGCAGAAGUCCGCUACUUUGUCAGAGAGUUUGAGGAGAAACGUGGCUACAGGGAGAGCCGACUGCUGGACAAUCUUAAUAAGAUGGUGCACGAGACAAAUAAGCAGAUGCUGCCAACAAAUGUAGAUGACAUGAACCAGCAGCUGUCUGAUGUCAUUAAACGGUUGGAGGCUGCCAAUCACAUGGCAGAGAGGGUCCAGCAGAGGGAGCUAGAGGAGCAACAGGGCAACCAGCUGCAGGCCAACGUGGAGAAACUGAAAGAGGACACGGCAGAGUUUCUGAAGGAGCAGCAGAGAUUAAAGGAAAAGAUGGAUGAGGAGCACGCCAAAGCUGUGCAAGAACUUAGCACUCGUUUCAGUGAAAAGAAAAAGGACUUGGCCCAGUAUUCAGUCAUCUGAUUGGUUAUUAAAGUAUGAACAAGUCUUUUUUUUUUUUUUUUUUUACAUUCAUGCACGGCUGUUCUGCACAUGCAAAACAAAGCUGUUGUCUUUGUUUCUUACUGGCAGGAAAGGAGAACGUGGGAGUGUUGCUCCUGUACAAGAGUCAGAGUUUUCCACAUCAUAAAUAUGAAAUUUUGAUUAACAGUGUGGCAGUUUCUGUCACUGCUCCGCAUGAAAAGUCUGGAAUAUGUCGUUUUUAGACUAGCAGCCUGUCGAUUGUUACUUGGCUGUGAAGUUUUCAACAUUUCAGAUUUUUAAUGGAUGGCUGCCUGAAGGCUUCUGAUGAUAAAUGAUCAAAUUGUUGAAAGGAACCCAGAGUUUGGCAUCAAGGCGUGAUAUUCAAAGCGCUGACGGCAAGAUCAUUCAGUGCCUGAAAGGCUCCUCUGAGCAUGUGUGUUUAAAGUUUGGCUAAAGUGAAUUCAAACUGCAAGAAAUCACCCCUCAGCAGUUCUGACCUUUGACCUCUGACCCUGACUUUAAGUAAACUGACUGUGAAGUAACUUUCAUCAUGGAAUGUUUUUUGCUUAAACCAGUUUGGAUGCAGGAAAGCAUAUGCCUAGUUUUUUAAUAAUUCAUGAAUGCAUUAUUUCUUUUGUGUGUUUAUGUUUUUUUUCUUUCUUAGCUUAACAUUUGCAGAGUGAUAAACAGAAAUUCCACAUAUAACUGUUUCUACAAAAGGUUGGAGAUUGUAAAAUAAUAAAAUGAAUAAAACGAAA